AUGUUAGCUCAGGCAGCAAGUCGUGGCGAUAUUAAACAGUUAGACAGAUGUAUUCGUGACAAUGUGGAUAUUAGCUUAAAAGACAGACAGGGGAGAACGGCAUUACACAUUGCUGUGACACACAGACACAGUGAAUUCGUGAAACAUCUGCUCCACCUCAGUCCUCACUGUAUCGGUAAGGGUGCUGACCUCGACCUUCAAGGAUUAAAUGCUUUACAUAUCUGCGUCAAAAACGGGGACAUUGACAUUUAUCGUUUGCUCCUGAAGGCAGGCUUUGAUUCCAAUAUUACCACUAAAGAUGGAAAAACUAUCCAUGACAUAGCAAAUGAAUAUCAUCACAAGCACCUCAUUGAGAUGUGGAACAGGACAGACGUCACAGAUACACCAGUGUCCAGCUGGACAGAACUACAUCACUGUGCUGUUCGUGGAUCUGCUGAGGAAUGUUCUAUAUUAAUUGAACACUUACACAGCGAUGUCGAUACUGAGAUUGACAGCACUUUCAAUCCUUAUUCUGACCUUGACCUACCAAAACAUCGAAAUGUGACACCACUAGAACUGGCAAUGUAUAGUGGAAAUGUAUCUGUUCUGGAAGUCAUAGCAAAGUAUUCCUCUUUCACAUCAAUCGAAAAAUGUCUAGCGGAUUCUCCAAGUACGGAAAUUCACAAUAUCCUCGUAAGAGGAAUAUUGGAUCAGCUUCUUUGUAAACACAAGGAUGUUCAGUAUGGCAAACUGAUUGCGACUGGCGAAAAUGUCAUAGUUUUAUAUACCGAUAAUGACCAAAAUCAGGGUGAAUGUUUCCGAACAGCAGGGAUAAGGACAAUGUAUAGAAGCACAAAAGGGUUUGACAAGGACAACGAACGAGCCAUCGAUUUCGAGCUAGAUAUGGAAGAGCCAGGUCUGUCACGGGACGAAAAUGCUCUUAUGCAAUAUGUAGUGAGAGCGAAUAGUGACUCUCUUUGGAACUGCCACAAAAACCUGAACGGGAUCCGUAUAUCGGCAGUACGUACUAGGGGUGGCAAGGCACUGCGAGAAGACUGCAUAGUGUUAUGUUGUAAAUUCAAAGGAUUCCUAUCUGGGGACGAAGAUGAAUUUCCUCGAAUAUUGAAGUGUGCUGGUAUCUGUUUUCCUGUCGACGUUCGUGAGGAUCACACCGUGAGUUUGGCCAAUAAUCCUUCAGAUAUGCUUGAACCGUUAGCUUGUGGUGGUCGCAUCAGUGGCAGUUGUAAAGCAAACAGGGUCUACGGGACCAUUGGACCUUUUGUGCAAUUGCCGGAUCAGGAGACAGGUUUUAUUACCUGUGCUCACAUAAUUGACAACAAUCCUAGAUUUGGAGUUGUUCAAGACCACAAUCACCUUAUUUAUCAACCGGAGAGGAGCACGGACUAUCUUUGUGGUGAAGUUGUAAAAAUGGCUUUCAAACCAAGUAGCUAUCCAUCCAUGGAUGCCGCUAUCGUAAAGGUCACAGCUGAAAGCAGAAUCCCGCGAUCUAUCAACUUUGUUGCGAGUGGGAACGCAGCGUUCUUUAAAGCAGGUCUUGGAGAAGGAUUAACGUUCAACACUGGAGCUAUUGGAACCUGUCUCCCACAUACCCAAGUACUGAAGUUCGGCGCCUUCUCGUCAGUUUUAGUGUGUAAAUGUUCCGCCACCGGGCAUGAAGAGAGUAUUACCUACCCAGAAGGAAAGGUCCUAAUGAAAGGACUGUCCAAGAUAUUGUGUCGAGUUCACCAUCAGCACGGUGAUUCCGGAGCAGGAGUUUUCGUACAGGGAGACAAUGGCGAUCUUGCAUGCGUUGGUAUCUUUUUUGCCGGAAGGGGUCGUGAAGGGUUUUUCAUUCCGAUCAGAGACGUACUUAGGGAAUGUGGUAACUGCGAACUUAAACGGAUACAACAGUGACAACAAUUUACAGAAGAUGAAGUGUACAUGUACGUGUAUUAAAUAAGCUUUUAAAAAAAUGAAAAAAAACCCCAAAAAAACCCUGAAUAUUCUUUAAAAACAGAAAUCCUAUAUCAACGUGUGGCCAAACGUGAUCUAGUAUGGUUUUAAAGUCAUUACUUCGUAAAUAUACAUGUGCACAUCAAAAACACAAUAGUUCUGCGUCGUAUUGAUUAACUAGCUCAUUUAAAACAUGCCUCUCUGGAUUGUAUAACAGUGGACAUUAUUGUGUUAGCAAGCUUUGUCUUCGCGAGAUUACCACAUACAACCAAAACGUCCAAUAUCCCUAAAGUAUUGGAUCCUGUCUUUCUGUUUGUACUUCAUUACAUUAUAUACAUUCAUAUAGACUAACCAUUCAUUCAACUAAUACUGUAUACUUGAUUUGAUCAUUUAUUAGCAAGAGGUGAAGUUCAAUACUGUGAUGGUAUAAGCACUUGAUUGUUCUGUGACAGGAAUACAAUGGCAUUGUUAUUACGAUAACCAAACUUCCUCUACAAAUGAUAUGAAUUACAUGUGUGUGUAUUUUCUGAGUUAGAACA